AUGUAUUUUGGAAAGUGCCAGCGGCGGGAGCAGGCCAACGGGGAGGUGCGCCAGUGCAACCUGCCCCACUGUCGCACCAUGAAGAACGUCCUCAACCACAUGACCCACUGCCAGGCCGGCAAGUCCUGCAAGGUGGCGCACUGUGCCUCGUCCAGACAGAUCAUCUCCCAUUGGAAGAACUGCACGCGACACGACUGUCCUGUCUGCCCUCCGCUAAAGAGCGCUGGAGACAAGCGGAACCAGCAGUCCCUCCUCAGUAGUGCAGGGGUAAGCCUGGGCUCCCUCGGAACCGUACCUGGGGGCCAGCCCAGCACCCCCAACUUGAACCCCCCCAGCCAGAUUGACCCCAGUUCCAUCGAGCGGGCCUACGCAGCCCUGGGCCUCACCUACCAGGGCAACCAGAUGCCUCAGCAGCCCCCCCAGGGCAACAUGGCCAACCAGGGCCUGCCUGGCCAGCCUGGCAUGAGGUCCCUCAACACCAUGGGAGGGAACCCCAUGGGAGUGAAUGGUGGGGUGCAGCAGCCCAACCAACAGUCCAACCUGCUCUCAGCCAACAGCACCCAAAGAGCUUUUGAAUCAAAGUGCGCAAUUCCAUAGCAGUGUUGACCUAGAGCACUGCUGUCUGCGAGUUGCCU